AUGUCCAAGGUCACGCUCGCACUCGUUGCCGCAGGCGGCGCUGCAUUCGGAGCAGCAACCACAGCUGCCUUAUUCCCUCGUAAAACAGCAGGCCCAGUCAGCGUCAACACUCCGACCGCUCCCCUUUCUACUCCCGUCAACCCGCCGUUGGCUGUCGGCAAGCCUGCAGGUGUUCAGCAAGCUCUUGCUGCUGCUGCCAGACCCGUCGAUCCCAAUGGACUCUACCAAUAUGGAUUCCCUGGCCCUGUGUCCGACCUGAGAGCCGCCGCGUCCUUGACCUCUGCAUACGACCGCCGAACAAGAAACCCUGCAUGGGUCGUCGAGCACAUCACUCCUGAGUCGCUCAAGAACAGCAACGCAGACCGCAAGCACUCGGUCUUUGUCGAGGACGAGGCCAUUCCAGAAAAGUUCCGUGCUAAGCUCAAGGACUACUUCCGUAGCGGCUAUGAUAGAGGUCACCAGGUGCCUGCUGCCGAUGCCAAAUGGUCGCAGCAAGCCAUGGACGAUACGUUCGCCUUGAGCAACAUGUGCCCUCAGGUCGGCGAGGGCUUCAACAGAGAUUACUGGGCUCACUUUGAGGACUUCUGCCGUCGUUUGACCGGACGUUACCCUUCGGUUCGCAUUGUGACUGGACCUUUGUACUUGCCAAAGAAGGAUGCAGAUGGCAAGUGGAGGGUUAGCUACGAGGUUAUUGGCAACCCUCCCAACGUUGCUGUGCCUACACACUUCUACAAGGUCAUCUUUGCCGAAGAUGGAAAGGUUGGCGGAAACGUCAGUCUGGGUGCUUUUGUCUUGCCCAAUGCGAAGAUUUCAAACGACAAGCCCCUUCAAGACUUUGAGGUACCCCUCGAGGCUGUGGAAAGAGCAUCCGGUCUUGAAUUCGCAUCGCUUCUUCCUCCCGCUCAAAGAAAGUCGCUGUGCAAGGAGAUCAAGUGCUCCAUCAUUGUCAAGGAUUACUCGCAGAGACAAAAGACGUUGGCCAACCCUCCUCCGCCUCCCAAGGCGAAUCUUUAA